AUGAGAAGUGCUGGUUAUAUGCAGCCCACCAUCGGCUUAAUCAGCUGCAGCUCGGAGACCAUGGAUACCGCAGAUGCAUCGGUGACGGUCGUGCAGCUGCCCCCGGCCUUUGUCGGGGAGCAGGCUGUCUAUGGCCCACAUUAUCGGGGCGGCUUGGCACCCCCACCCGAGUGGUGGGCGAACUUUGCGCAUCCGCUGGCGCCGUGGCCACCUGCACCCCUCCAAUGUACCCCAGCCCCAGCCAUGCAGCAUCAGUGCUACUGGCCACACCCACCACCACCGCCACCGCAGCAAUUCACCCCGCAACCUCCAAUGCAGGGCCAGUUCUGCUGGCCACCGCCACCUCAACAAUUCUUCGUGAUGAACUGCUUCGCAGUCAGCCCAGGCUUGAGCUACCAGCCGGUCCCGUGGCAACCGCCAGUUCCACCACAGUUCCAAAUUCAAGUUCCCUGCUUUCAAGCACCACCAGCCCCAGCACCAGUGACUGCCUUCAUUAACGCCCCUCCACCUUCCGCACCAGUACCUGCCUUCAUGCACCCCCCGCCGCCUCCCGCAGCCGCCCCCAAGCUGCCUGGACCCAUUCUCGACUCCCCCGCCAUGGCGCCCCCAAAACCUCCACGCCCCUCCUGGGCCGACAUAUCUGAGGUACCAGUACCGGCAAGCCCCUGCCAUCCAGAACAGUCACAAGAGGAACCAUCGUCUUCCUCGGCUCCUCAGAGCCUCCCGCACUUGUUGGGCAACCGUCCCAAGGCAUCGAAGUCCAAAAAAGGACGCAAGCGCACGUAG